AGCCCAGGAGUGGGACAAUAAAAUCCCUGACACCACUGUUCAAGAGGCCUCGGGGGGGUGGAAGGCCAGGCCAGCUGCACGCCUAUAAAGCUGUCCCCGCUCCCAGCACGGCAGCACAGUUGUUUGCCAGGCUCCUCCAGCGCUCUCCAAUGGAUAUCACCAUCCACAACCCCCUGAUCCGCAGACCUUUCUUCUCCUGGUUGGCACCCAGCCGCAUCUUUGACCAGAUUUUCGGGGAGCACCUGCCCGAGUCGGAGCUGCUCCCCGUUUCCCCCAGCUUCAGCCCCUUCCUGAUGAGAUCCCCCAUCCUUCGGAUGCCCAGUUGGCUAGAGACAGGACUCUCCGAGAUGCGACUGGAUAAGGACAAAUUCUAUGUGAACCUGGAUGUGAAGCAUUUCUCCCCUGAGGAGCUGAAGGUGAAGGUGCUCGGGGACAUGAUCGAGAUCCACGGCAAGCACGAGGAGCGCCAGGACGAGCACGGGUUCAUCGCGCGCGAGUUCAGCAGGAAGUACCGCAUCCCGGACGACGUGGACCCGCUGACCAUCACGUCCUCGCUGUCCCUGGACGGGGUGCUGACCGUGAGUGCUCCCCGCCGGCAGAGCGACGUCCCCGAGCGCAGCAUCCCCAUCACCCGCGAGGACAAGCCCGCCAUCGCGGGCGCCCAGAGGAAGUGAGGCCUGCUCUGCUGCUGUCCCCAAAGCCACCCCUGCAGGGACAUGCUCUUAUUUAUGCUGAGUAAGUUUACUAACGAAUAAAACCAUGGAGAAGCA